AGCAAAGAAAACAAAAUGGACCUAACAAAUUAACCCUCAAAUAUUACAACUCUGUUUCACAAUAUUCCUGCAGUACUCAUUCUCUUCAUUCAACAAUGGAACCUCAACCAAUCUCUGAAACCCCUCCCCUUGAUCACACCUCCACCGUAGACACUUCCCGUCCUUUCACCUCCGUCAAAGAAGCCGUAGCCAUCUUCAGCGAACGCCUUCUUGUCGGAGAAAUCUACUCUCCAAAGCCAUUCUCAGACACUCCUUAUUCUCCUAUAAUUAAGAGAGAACCAUCAUGGAGAUUCUCAUCACCAUCACCAAAUUACCCCAUCAAACCAAAAGAAGAAAACAAUGUGAACGCCCUUUCUGACACAGCAUUUUCUCCUCCUGUUAAGCGAGAACCAUCAUGGAGGUUUUCAUCACCAAGCCCCAUCAAACCCAAGGAGGAAAACAAUGAGAAUGCCCUGUUUGAUACCUUGAAGAAGCUGGAGGCAGAGCUUGAGAAAACCAAGGUGGAGCUGAAGAUGCUGAAGGAAAGAGGGAGUGAAACGGAGGUGGCGUUGGCAACUCUGAACGCGGAGCUUCACAAGAACAUGUCCAAAUUGGCUCAAGCUGAGGCUGCAGCGGCAGGGAAGGCUGCAGUAGUGGCAACAAAGACAGUGAGGUUUGAGAUUGAGAGAGAAAAUGGAGAGAAGGAACUGAACAUGAUAAGAGGAGGAGAAGAAGAAGAAGAGAAGAAAAGGGGUAAUAGAAGAAGGAUGAAGGAGACAGAAACAUUGGCUAAGAUACUGAGUCUUGGAGAAAACGACCAUCUUUUCGGAGGGAAGAAAGUGAGGAAGCAGAAGCCUAUCAUCCCUCUAGUGGGGGAUUUCUUUUUCAAGAGAAAGAGUUCUUCUACUACAAAUCACCAUAAUCCUCUUUAUGCUUCUCCUUUUUAAUUAAUAAUGUAUUGCUUUUUAUUCAUGUUUAAUUGGGAAAUUGGAUGAUAACAGGUGAAAGGUGAAAGUUUUUUCUUUUAUUGAUUGGUGUUUUCUGAGAGGUGUGUCUUCUUUUUGUCUUGGCUUGGCUUGUAAAAAUUGAAGUUUGUAUGAUCUAUCCACGUAAAAUUAAGGAUCAGGCUCUUCAAAUAUGCUGUCUAGCUAUUGAAAAUUCUGCAAACAA